AUGACAUCGCCCGGGGAUGGAACGCCGGUCAAACCUCCGCCGUCCGUUGCGCGUGGCGCAUCCAAGUCACGAUAUCCGGACGAGACCGAAUCGACGCCCACAAUAGAUACGGAACUGGCAGAGGCCCGGGCAGGAGGGGCCUCUCCAACACCGCCCACACCCCUCUCAGCUACGACCACAGAACUGCCCAUCCACCCUGCUUCGCCACAGGCCCGCUCCAUUAGAUCGUCUACCCCACAAUUAGCUCGCUCGUCACUCGGGUCGAUUGAUGGUCGCUUUGAUGGCUCGGAGGAUAUCAGGUCGUUGCUGAUUCGGGGCUUUUCACCAACCGUCGCGAUUUAUGCUUCGGAAGACACCGAUGAUUUGGUGAGGAAUAAGGGGUUCAAAGGAGGCUUCUGCGAACUGAUCAAGCCGUUUGGUGAGAACAUCCCGGGAAAGGUAGUUAUUCGCGACAGUAUUGGAGCGAGUCGCGCUUGGGAAGACUAUGGAGUGCGCUUCGUGGAUUUGAAAGGGUUUGGUCGGACUCCGACUGGCCCAAAUUCUGGAAAAGACACAGUCACGCAAAUGGAAGAGGUGCUCGAGAACCAGCUGAAUUCGACCGAUGGAAAUUUCAGCGAAGCACUAUCAUCCAAGGACAUUUUGGCAUUUCCUGCAACAACACCUCUAUCUAAGCUGUUUCUGCGACAGCUUCUGUCGUCCACGGCCCCGGCUCCCCAUGAGACAUUUUCGCAUCCCGUUGCAAGCGUAAUAACUAUCUCGUCGCGUAAUUCAGCGCCACUGGAGACACUGAGACAGCUUUACGCGCAAAGCAGCACAGGAGACAGACGCUUACCCGACUACGUCAAUCAGGAGUAUCUUCGAUACUACGUGUUGGUUCAUGACGAGGAGCGUGACGAUAUCACAGAAUCCACCAAAUUAUACGAUCAAAUGAAGCGACAUUUCGGGCUACACUGUCAUCUGUUGAGACUUCGGAGUAGCCAGUGUGUGGUGACAGACGAUGAUAGUGUUCAAAUUCCCCUAUGUGAAUGGCUUUCCCCACAGGAGCGACUGUCGGGGGUCGGGGAAGCAGGCAAGUCAAAGGCACGGAAUCUAACAUCAAAAGCAGAAACGCUGGUGGAUCUUGGUACAGACGGUACUCCGUACCUCUUCGACUCUGAUGCCUCAGCAAUCAAAACCUUCAUUAGGGAACUCAUAGUACAGUCUGUGAUCCCGUUUAUGGAGAAUCGAGUAGCUAUUUGGAAUGACCAAGUUGCUUCGCGACGACGUGGUAUCAGCGGUCGGUUUAUGUCAAUGUCACGGCGAUGGGCUGGCUUCGGUUCCAGCUCACGGUCAAGUAUCACCGGCUCAUCCGGUGGAAGUGGAAACUACAACAUAACCGACAAUUUCUACAGCCCUGAUUUACCGGAAGCCAUUUUGCGAAAGAUGGCCGAUUUCGCUUUCAUGCUCCGUGAUUGGAAACUCUCUGCCUCGAUUUACGAGAUGAUUCGCGUGGACUUUGGCAACGACAAGGCUUGGAAAUAUCAUGCUGGUGCUCAUGAAAUGUGCGCAAUCAGCAUGCUACUGAACCCACUGGCUAUGUCUUCCAAGAUCAAGCUUGAAAGUGUCGACCAUAUGUUUGAGACUGCAGCCUACUCCUACCUCACUCGGUGCCAGGACACACUACAUGCACUCCGAUGUUUGACUAUGGCUGUAGAGCUCCUGAAGUCGCGUGGCGGGUCUGCAACCGAGAGUGCCGCUAAAUGGGCCAUGCGGGUCAUGGACUUUGGACUGGUUGGCACUGUCGGACAUAACCUCUUCAUGGAGCGUGUUGCCGCAUGUUAUGCCUCCAAGACACCAGUGGCGGGAGCUAAAUGGGGCGCACGUCGUCGCAAGGCUGGGAUGUGGAGCAUCCUCGCAGCUGAUCAAUGGCUCAAAGCUGGAAAGUCCAAUCUGGCUUCAGCAUGCCUUGAAGAAGCGGAACGGCUCUACGCUGAUGCUCUCGAAACUGACUGUGUAUUCCCAAUGCCUGAGAUGCAGAAUUUUGCCGAUAAAUUACGUCACGCGGUGAAGGUUGAAUACCUCGAGUCAAGAGGAUUUGGCGCUCAAGAUGACCCUGUUUCAGAGGAUGUUGUUGGGACCGAAGAAAUCAGCGAAAAGCUAGACAAGCGCAGCCAUCGGCGCUCGUUGAUCGGACCCCCUGCACAGCUGGAUGCGGGCAAUCUCACCACGAGCUCCGGGGCCAGGGACCCUGAAAAUCCACCUAAUGAUGACUUUGAACGAGCAUAG